AUGAUGCAGUCCUCCACACAGAACCUCACCCUCGGCGCGGCGUACCCAAACCCGCUCACCUAUGGUGACAUCGACCAUUAUCUCAGUGCUGUCGAGUAUGACACCGAGGUCUCCCCAGAGGAGUUGCAUCAGCAGAUCACAAAAGCCGCGCUGAGAUUCGUCCGGUCUAGGAACAUCCCCGUGGACUCCAAGAUCUACACGAAGGCAAUCACAUUCAUGAAUUCCAACUUCUGUCACAUCAAGGGGGUCGAGAACUAUCUUGCAAAGUUGCUUGUUACGAAGUAG